UAUAGAAUAUAGAUACACACGCACACACACGCGUUCUCUUUUCAUUUUUCAACAUUGCAUCUCAUACCAUCCAACCUCUUCUCCACUUUAUAUAUAACCCUUACGAUGCGGAAAUCCGCAGCUGACAGAUUCAGGCACCUUUUCAACCGUUCACUUCUUCUUCGCCAUCAUCAUCACAAUCCCCCUCCCCUCUCUUCUUCUCUCUCUCGCCCCUUCUCUUCCAUGGCUUCUGAUUCCCCUUUCCCUGUCACCGCUCACAACAUCAACCCCAAGGUUCUGAAAUGUGAGUAUGCUGUUAGGGGAGAAGUUGUCACACUUGCGCAGAAUUUGCAAAAGGAUUUACAGGCCAAUCCUGGUGCUCAUCCAUUUGAUGAGAUACUUUACUGCAACAUUGGAAAUCCUCAGUCUCUUGGCCAGGCUCCAAUAACUUUUUUCCGAGAGGUUCUUGCAUUAUGUGACCAUCCAACUAUAUUGGACAAAAGUGAAACACAGGGUUUGUUCAGUGCUGAUGCAAUAGAGCGAGCUUGGCAGAUUGUGGAUCAGAUUCCUGGGAGAGCUACCGGUGCCUAUAGCCAUAGUCAGGGUGUCAAGGGCUUGCGUGAUACAAUAGCUGCUGGAAUUUCAGAGCGUGAUGGUUUUCCUGCCAAUCCUGAUGAUAUUUUCAUGACAGAUGGUGCAAGCCCUGCAGUCCAUAAUAUGAUGCAAUUACUCAUUAGAUCGGAAAAUGAUGGUAUUCUGUGUCCCAUUCCACAGUACCCUCUGUACUCAGCCUCAAUUACCCUCCAUGGUGGCAACCUGGUACCUUAUUAUUUAGAAGAAGCUACAGGUUGGGGAUUGGAAAUACCUGAACUCAAGAAGCAAUUGGAUGCUGCCAAGUCAAAGGGCAUCCAUGUUAGAGCUUUAGUUGUUAUAAAUCCUGGCAAUCCAACAGGGCAGGUUCUUUCUGAGGAAAAUCAGCGGGAUAUAGUGGAAUUUUGCAAGCAAGAAGGUUUGGUUCUUUUAGCUGAUGAGGUAUAUCAAGAAAAUGUCUAUGUUCCUGAGAAGAAAUUUCACUCUUUCAAGAAGGUAACUCGGUCCAUGGGAUAUGGUGAGGAUGAUAUCACCUUAGUAUCUUUUCAAUCAGUCUCGAAAGGCUACCAUGGGGAGUGUGGGAAACGAGGAGGUUAUAUGGAGGUGACUGGAUUUUCUACAGAAGUGAGGGAACAAAUAUAUAAAAUGGCAUCUGUCAACCUUUGCUCUAAUAUCUCUGGUCAAAUUCUUGCAAGCUUGGUCAUGAGCCCACCCAAGGUUGGAGACGAGUCAUAUGAGUCAUUCAUGGCUGAGAAGGGGAAUAUUUUGGCAUCCCUUGCUAGGCGUGCAAAGACACUAGAAGAUGCAUUCAACAAAUUAGAGGGUGUAACAUGCAACAGAGCAGAAGGGGCAAUGUAUCUGUUUCCCCAAAUUCGGCUGCCUGGAAAGGCUAUCAAAGCUGCGGAGGAAGCAAAUACAGCACCUGAUAACUUCUAUUGCAAACACUUGCUCAAUGCCACAGGAGUAGUUGUUGUUCCUGGUUCUGGUUUUGGACAGGUUCCUGGCACAUGGCAUUUUAGGUGCACAAUAUUGCCUCAAGAAGAGAAGAUUCCGGCCAUUGUUACCCGCUUGACAGAGUUCCAUGAAAAAUUCAUGGAUGAGUUCCGUGAUUAAGUCCUGCUUGAAUUUUUUUUAGUUAAUUUAAGGGUACCCAAUUGACAUUUUGAUAUGACGAUGGAUUUUGUACUUAGAGAAAAUAGGCCCUUUAGUUUUCGGGAAGAAUAAAUUUGUUGUUAAUUCAACUUUAGUUGCAUUUUGAAUAUGCAAGACGUGAAAGCAAGUUUGAUUAUCUCUUUUUCA